CAAGUCAUAUAUUAGUUAUAUUACUAAUAAAAAUUGUAUAAAUAAAGUUUAUAAUUUCUAAUAUUAGUUGCGAUUUAGUAAUAAUCACAACAAAGCUCCAAUCUCUGAGCUUUAAUUCUUUUCUCGUUAUACGAAUGUGUGAGAACAUUUUUCUGUCAAAAUUUCGCUAGCUGUACUUAAUGUAAUGUGUUAUUGCUCAUGUUAACAAUUUAUAAUAUUAUGUUUAGGUAAACUUUACCCUAUCAUAAUCCGCAUUAUUAAGUUAUAGAAUUUUUCCUUAAUGCGACGUGUUAUAAAAAAAUGAAUAAUCAGACUAGAGGUCCUGCAAAGCGUAAGGUUAAGCCUGUUGAACAGCCACAAUCCUUAUUGGACUUCGAUCUUGGCGAGGGCGAGAGUUCUGACGAUUCCGAUUUUCGAAUAGAAGAUCAUCCGGAGGAAAGUGACGACUAUUCUAUAAACACCGACGAUGACGAUAAAAAAAAAAAUGCAAAUAGUGGUAGCUCUGAUGAACAAUCAGAAACAGACGGUGAAGAUGAAUACAAAAACACAACAGGCAAACUCGGUGAAGAGAUGAGUGUUACAGAUCUUCUUGAGAAAGCUAAAUUACAGGAAUUUAAGUUUCCAGAAUUAGCCAAUGUCAUGAUCUGUGCGGGUUGCCUUGGCUCAAGAAGUGAUGAUUUUAAUGAAAUUGUUGAAUGUGAUGGCUGUGGUGUUACUGUGCAUGAAGGUUGUUAUGGAGUUUCCGAUGUAACAAGUGAAUCAAGUACAGUCAGUUCUGCAUCAACAGAACCUUGGUUCUGUGAAGCUUGCAAAGCGGGUGUCACAGAUCCUAAUUGUGAACUGUGCCCCAAUAAAGGUGGUAUUUUCAAAGAAACUGAAGUCGGUGCAUGGGUUCAUCUCGUGUGUGCACUUUAUGUGCCAGGAGUAGCAUUCUCAGAGGUGGAGCGGCUGUCGGGCGUGACGCUGUUCGAGAUGGCGUACUCGCGGUGGGGCGCGCGCUCGUGUGCGCUGUGCGCGCACGCCACGCUGGCGCGCACCGGCGUGUGCGUGGGCUGCGACGCCGGCCUCUGCAAGACCUUCUUCCACGUCACCUGUGGACAACGUGAAGGACUAUUAGCUGAGGCGCAUUCAGAAGAAGCAGAACAAGCGGAUCCCUUCUACGCGCACUGCCGCUUGCAUUCAGACAAAGCACUAGUCAAGAAACGCAAGAGAAAUUGGCUGGCGCUGCAGCUGAGGACGGAGAAAAGAAAAUUGGAUUUGCAAAAUAAACUAAGUACGGAAGAGAAGAAAAGGAUUCAGCGGAAAUUAAUCAAGUACAGAAAGAAAUAUUCGCAGCAGAAAGAAAACAGGAAUCCACCUUGGGUGCCGACGCAGAAGAUGGCCCGCAUGGUGUACAGCAGCGCGGGCGCCAUGCGCAAGUUCCAGCGCAAGGCGCAGUGCAUGGGCGUCGACACGCACGCGCUGGAGUUCCAGGACGCGCAGAUGGCGGCUCUCAAGGACGUGUCCCGGCGGUGGCACGUCCCGCCCGCAUUCUCCGUCGAGUUCGUCGGCUACUACCUGGAGAGGAACACUCGCGUCACAUCCUUGAGGAAAUCCCUCGAGAGGCUUACUAAGGAAAAUGAGAAGUUGGUGGUGGACGACGAGAAACUAAGGACUGAUUAUGACGAGGCAUCAAAAGAGAAUACAGACGUUUUAGCAGAGCUAGCGUCCACGCGGCAGGGCCUUCAGAAAAUAUACGAUGCGAUUAUAGCUUUAUCACCGAAGAAAACGAUACCAACCAUAAUGGAAGAAAAGCCACUCAUACCGCCUACAGUUCCUCGAUCCACGCCCAAAGUGACCCCACAGCAAUUACACAAACGGUCGAUAUCUGUACCCACCGCGGCUGCACUUAAGAUGGGCGUUGGUUUUCCUCUUAGCGACAACCCGGACGCUCGCCAAGGAAAAGUUCUGUCUACUUCGUUAGAAGCGACGGGCGCGCUGGCCCGCGAGUGCGCGGUGUGCGCGCGCAGCAGCGAGCAGCACCUGAUGGCGGCGUGCGACACGUGCCGCCACCACUACCACCUGCACUGCCUGCGCCCGCCGCUGCAGCGCCCGCCCAAGAAGAGCAAGCUCUACGGCUGGCAAUGUUCUGAGUGCGACAAAACAUCAGAUUCAGAACCCGAAGUGCUGGAAAAGAAAGUUCCACGCCGGUCUCGUAUUCGCUACAGCAAAGACGGUGCGAUAAUAUCUGAACCCCAAAGCCCAGGCUCAGUCCCGAAUUCUCCACCACCGAAGCCUAAACCCGAAAAAAUACACAAAGUGGAGAAAUCAAAGAUUAAUAUAUCUUCAGAAAACGUUUCGCCUAUAAAAGUGACCAUAAAACCGUUCGAGUUCAGUAGCGACGGAAACGAAAGUUCGGAAAUAAAAUCGAAGAAGGAGAAGAAGGCGAAAUCUAAAAAGGACUACUCGUCGACAUCGGGCGGCGAAAGCGAGAUAUCGACGAAGAAGAUCCACAAACGCAGCUUCACGUCGCCCAUACUCACGAACACGCCGCUCAUGUCCAUCACUCCGAUAGUCGCGGACAGUCCCAACGACUCCCACAACGAACACUCGAACGAUUCAGCGAACGUCGUUCCGCCGAAAGACUCGAGUUUCUAUUCGCAAAACUUAUCAUUUUCAGCGCUCCUCAACGAUUCCAAGGAGAGGGACAGUAAAGCUAUCGAGAGCUCGAUAGAGAACACCCUGGCUAAUUUGUCGUCGGACAUCGCGAUGUACAAAGCCAAUAGGAAGCGAAGAAAGGAGAAACACAGAUCUCGUUACUCGCCCGAUCUCAUGCGAUCGCCCUCGAAGUCCCAUAAGCAUAAGAGGAAGAAGAAGACGCAAGAUAUGGAGAAUCCCGAGCCUCCGCAUCCUAGGAUCACAAUCAAAAUUAAACCUAUUCCCAAACCGGACGGGUCUCUAGACACGCAGAUGUUCUACGUUCCCACGGACAGCAACGACGGACCUCCACCAGCCGUUAUUAAGAAACUAUCCAAGCAAGCAGAACACGAAGCGCCGAAGUCUCCGCCGCCGGCGACUCCGACGACUCCCGAUCCCCUCGCUAACACAUCCCGUUCGCGUGAGAGUCGCGUGCGCAGGAGCGGCGGCGCCGGCGAGGCCGCGCCGCACGCCAGCGCGCUGCCGCCGCUCACGCACUGCGACGUGUGCCAGCAGCCCGGCGACACCACCAACCUCGUCAGAUGCGACGAGUGCAGCAAACGUUACCACUUCACUUGCUUGGAGCCGCCUCUGAAUAAGAAUCCGAAGAAGCGAGGCUACUCGUGGCAUUGUGCCGACUGCGAUCCCACUGAUUUGGAGGAAAACAAUUAAAUCGGCGAACGUAGAACGAGUACAGAAAGUGUGACGUGUCACGUGUAAGUAUUACAAAGAAAAUAAUUAUUAGGAGUUGGAUGUGCUUAGUUGAAUAUAAGUACUCGUUGUGUUAGUUUAUUUGCUUAAUAUAUGUGUUGUUAAAGUAAAUAUAUUAAGUAUAUAUAAUGUAAGUGAAUUCUCAAUAAGUUUAAUUGCAGCAUUAUUGUGUUUAUGUAUCAUUGAUACAAUAAAUAUUAACAGCCUGA